UUAUGUACUAAAAUUGUCAAAAUAUGAAUCAUCAAUAAAUAUUAUUUUUGUUUGGAAAAUGAUAUCUCACAUGAAUUCGUAUGAACAAAAAAAUGUCUGAAAAUAAUUUGAAUGACUAUACUAGUGAUACUGAGAGCUCAGAAGAUGAAAUAGAACCCAAAUUAAAAUAUGUUAGGCUGUCAAAUGAUUUACAGAGUAUCCUGUUGACAUCUUGUGCAAAAUGUAUCGCAGUUCAUCCAAAAUUCAUAUGUCUUGGUUCCGAUCUGGGAGUCAUCUACAUUUUGGAUCAUCAGGGCAACAGCAUAAAAGGAAAAGACUUGAAAGCUCACACAGUGGGAGUUAACAAAAUUUCCGUUGAUUCUAAUGGCGAAUUCCUUGCAACAUGUUCUGACGACGGUAGAGUGUUCGUACACAGUCUCUUCUCUAAAGAAAAUAAUCUAUAUUUGAACCUCGGCAGGCUUGUGAAAAGCGUAGCUCUGGAUCCCUACUAUUUCAAGCAUGGCUCCAACAAAAGAUUCAUCACAGGGGAAGAUCGACUCACUCUGUAUGAACGUUCCUUCUUGGGCAAUCUGCGACAGACGGUUCUAUGCGAAAGCGAGGGUUCCGUUAAAAGUAUGAGUUGGGGGGAAAAUUUUUUAGCUUGGAGCAGCAACAUCGGAGUCAGAGUGUACGACAUGACGGCAAGGUGUUCUUUGGGUCUCAUCAAGUGGGAGGAUCAUCCAGGGAUAUCUAUAGAUAAAUUUAGGUGUAACCUCAGGUGGGCAGAUAGCAGGACACUUCUGAUUGGCUGGGUGGAUACAGUGAGAGUGUGUGUUAUCAGAAAAAGAAGCAAUACGGAACUGGCCAAUAAGGAUUUGCCAGAAUUUCUAGUAGAUCCAGUGUCUACAUUCCAAACGGAGUUCUACAUCAGUGGCAUUGCCCCUCUAGACCAACAUCUAGUCCUCCUUGGCUUUCCCAAGGAACUAGAUGAAAACCACAAGUCUCUUCGGCCACAGCUGUUUAUAGUAGAGUAUAGAGAUAAUGACUAUAGUGAUAUCUGCACUGAUAGCCUGUCAUUACGCGGGUACCAGGAUUACGGAGUCAACGACUACCAUCUCGAUGUCCUUCUAGAGGAAAACAGAUUUUUCAUUGUGGCGCCCAAGGACGUUGUCAUUGCCAGUCCAUACGAUCUCGAUGACAGAAUACAGUGGUUUAUACAGCACAACAAAUACGAUGAUGCUCUGGACAUCCUCGUGCAAAACGGUACCCGCGGAAUUCUGAGACACACUAUGCAGUCGGUCGGAGUUGACUAUCUUGACCAUUUGAUUGCAAGAGGCUCGUACGACGCUGCCGGAAGAAUAGGCCUCAAAAUAUUUGGAAAGAAUCCCGCCCUGUGGGAGGACCAGAUCUACAAGUUCGCGAGUAUCCAUCAUUUGAGGUCGGUCAGUCCUUACAUUCCCUGCACUCCGGAAUCCAAACUGAACCCUCACAUUUACGAAAUGAUUUUCUACGAAUAUCUUAAACUGGAUGCAAAAGGCUUUUUGAAUCUCGUGAAGGAGUGGGAUCCAGGACUCUACAACGUUUGUGCGGUCAUAAACGCAGUUCUGGAGCAUCUUCUCACCUGCGAAAUAGAAAAAAAUGACUACCUUGAAGCUCUCGCGAUCCUGUACAGCUACGACAAGAAAUACGACAAGAGCUUGUCCAUGUUUCUCAAGCUGAAACACAAAGACGUGUUCACGUUGAUCCAGAAACACAAGCUCCACGGAGUCAUCCUCGACAUGCUCCUCGAUCUGAUGGACUUGGACUAUAAAAAGACUAUAUCAUUGCUCUUGGAGAAGAACUCUAAUGGGAAUUCGAUCACUUCCGAGAGGGUCGUCGAGAGAUUGAAGGGAAACGAAUUGCAUCUCUAUAGAUUUUUAGAUGAGUACGACAAGAAAAACCCUAAAGGAAAAUACCAUAAAGAGCUUGUGAAGCUUUACGCCAUUUUCGCUAGGGAAAAGUUGUUACCUUUUCUAAAAAAGUCUGAUCAUUAUCCCAUUCAAGAAGCGCUGGACAUUUGCCAAAAAGAGAAGUACUAUCCCGAGAUGGUGUAUUUAUUAGGUAGGAUAGGAGACACCAAAGAAGCGCUAGAGUUGAUAAUCAAGGAGCUGAAAGAUAUGCAGUACGCCAUUUCUUUUUGCCGGGAACACGACGACUCCGAUCUUUGGGACGAUCUGAUAAACCACUGCGUUGAUAAGCCAGAGUUUGUAACUUUCCUCUUGGAAGGCAUUGGAACAUACGUGGAUCCCACGGAUCUGGUUCUGAAGAUAAAGCAAGACAUGGAAAUACCAGGAUUGAAAAAUUCCCUUGUUAAAAUGUUGAACCAGUACAAUUUGCAGGUGUCGGUUCAAGAAGGUUGCAAAAAAAUCCUUGUAUCAGAUUAUUUCAACUUGCAAAAGAAAUUGGUGAGCGUUCACCAAAGAGGUCUCUCUGUGACAGAAGAAAUGGUCUGCGGAGCUUGUCACAGAAAACUCAUAGAAAGAGAUCCUGCGAGGGCUGCAAAUAUGGCCAUUUUCAAUUGUAAACACGCCUUCCAUUCACACUGUAUGCCUAAAAAUGGAACCAUUUGCGGAAUUUGCUACACUUCUGAGCAAAAAUAAAGAAAGGUAA